AUGACAUCGUCACUUUCGUUGUACUUGAAAUUCUCUCAGUUGAAUGAAAACACAAUACAAUUUGGUACAAAACAAUACAGAUUCAAAAAGAUCAUAAACGAUGAUACCAGUGAUCCUCAUGGGUUCUUACAAACUACUGCUGGUGCUACUGGUGCUGGUGUUGGUGCAUCUGAAUGCUAUAUCCUUUUAGGACCUACAGGUUCCGGGAAAACAACGACUAUGAGUCAAGUACUCGAACAAACAAUAACUUCAUUUGGAGAGGACAGGUCUAUUUCCAUGACUGCGUUUGAGGUCAUUGAUAAUAAGAUCAUUACGGAUUUGCUUGAUGAAAACCUAAAGAAGGAAUACAAUAUCACAUUUGAAUCCCAAUUGAAAACCAUCCAGGCUCCCAAUCGUUUUCAUUUGCAACAGAUUUUUAGUCACAGAACCAGUUUCAAAACUUCCGCUAACCCGAUUAGCAGCAGAUCAUGUUUGGUAGUGACAUUCCAUUACGGCGACGACUCUAAUCGUCGAAUGACUUUCAUUGAUAUGAUGGGCAAUGAAAAAUAUGAUAAACAUACUUCUAACGUGUUUGCUAAUUUAAACAUGUCGUCUAUCACGGAGUUGCUAGUGAAGAAGUCUAAUGGGUAUGGAGGUAGAUCUUCUAACUUGGUAACCAAUCUUAUCUUCAAGAAGGAUGAACAAAAUCAUAUCAAACUUAUAUUGCAUUUGGACCCCAAAGGUGAUGCUUCGUUGACUAAAUCUGCAUUGAAUAACAUUGCUUUAUUGGUUCAUAAAUUCAAGUUGGAGAUGCAACGAGUACCUUCAUCCAAAUCUAAUCAUACUACUAGUAAAUCUUCGGGUGGUGGGAAGCAACUUCCAUCUUAUGCUAGACCUACUAUUUCGUCGUCUUCUACUACACCAUCUUUAAAAGUUACCAAGACUAUCCACAAGUCCAAAUCUAUUCGGAAACUUAAUCAAACCAGUUCUUCUUCUGUUUCUGUUUCAGCAACUACAAGAGCUAAAGCUUUAAAAGUAUUAUCAGCUCCUGCAAAGAAUAUACUUCUUGAAAAGCCUGUUGAUGCUAACGUUGAUUUAUCACCACAACAACUGCUUGACAAGUCCAAAUCAUACUUCAAUUCCGAAUGUUCUCGUUCUCCCAUAUCAAGACCGGCUUCUUCUCCAAUUAGAUCAAGAAUUUCAAAAGCUCCAGACACCAAGUUCAAGUCUAUGAGAGAAAAAUUAAUGGAAAAGACCUUUGAGAACGAUGUCCUCAGGAAGGAGAACCUUUCUAUGGUUGAAUUGUUGGAGAAGACUCGUCGACAAAUUAAUGAAUAUUCUGAGUUAGCAGUAAUUGAACAAAGGAGAGAAGAAUUAGAAAGACAACGGUUACUUGAAGCCAAAAGGGAAAUUAUGGAACAAGUUGAUGCUUUUAAAACUGAAUUUUAUAUCUUCAAAGAUACCCAUGAAUCCUUUAAUGAUACUGUUGAAAAGUUAAAGACUUCCUUAGCUUCAAUUGAAGUGGAGAAUAGAGUUUUAAAGUCUGAGACUGAUAAUUUGAAAUCAGAGUUCAGUAUGAAGGAGGAAUCGUUGAUAAUUUCCAAUAGAGAAUUGAAAAGUGAAAUUGAACAGUUGAACAAUUACUUGCUUAAUGAGAGAUCAAGAUUAUCUCAAGCAGAGAAAGAGAAUAAUGCUUUGAACCAAAAAGUGGUGGAUUUAGAUACUCGAAACACUGGAUUAUCCCAACAAUAUACCCGAGUAAUUGGGGAGUUGGAAGAACAGAUUGCCAUGAACAAAGAGAUCAAGGCAUCUUUGGAACAGGAAUUAUCAGAACAAGUGGGUUCAAAAGAUCUUCAAAUCUCUAAUUUACAAGAACAAUUGACUAAAUAUGAUUCUGUUGCUUCUGAAAGAGAUGCUCAGUUGGAUAAAAAAGAGAAAUUGAUAGUGGAAUUGGAAGACAAGUUGGCAUUAGAACAAACCAAAUCUAAUGGUAUCAUUACUGAGCUCAAACAACAAUUACUAAUAUCUGAAGAGAAAGUGCAUGCAACAAGAACGGAACUUGAAGCAAGUAACACCCAAGUUGUUGAUUCCAACACUGAAAUUGAAAGGCUUACUAAGUUAGUUAAGGAUUUGGAAGAUUCUUCAAAUGAAACCAAGAGAUCUCUUGAGCAGAUUCGUGACCAGGCACUUGGAAAAGACGAUGAAUUGGCAGUUACAAAGGAGAAGAUGUUGGAAUAUGAAGAAGAGCUUUUGAUCAAUAGAAAGGAGUUACAGAAAUUGAAAGAAACUCAUGGUGAAGCCAAUAAUGAGUUAUUAACCACCAUGGCUGAAUUGGAAAUGGCCGAGAAGGCACUUGAAUUCAAACAAAAUGAAUUGAAGGUUGUUGAAACUGAAAAGUCGAGUCUUGCUGAAGAUUUAGAAGCACUUCAACAAAGGAACUGUUCAAUGAAGAAGGAACUCGACGAGUUAAAGGCUCAACAAGUUCCUUUUGAAAUUGAACAACAGAAUAUCAAGUUGAAAGCUGAAUUAGAGCAAUUGAAGGUGGCCAGAAACUUUGAAUUGGACAACGAUGAUGAGCUUAAGAAAUUAAGAACUGAAGUUGCUGAAAUAGAACAUUUAAAGGAUGUUUUAGAAAGCAAAGAGGUUCAAAUUGCUCAAUUAAAAGUUGAUAACGAAGAAAGUAAAAGUGGGUUACAAGGUAAAGUCAAUAGUCUUUCUAAAGAAAAGGAAGAACUAUUGAACUCAUUGACCCAAAUGAAGACCAAAUAUUCUUCUGUCAAUCAAGAACUAAAGGCCAUGAAAAAAGAUGCGUUGAAUAACAAUAAAGACUUACUUUCCGCAUCACCACAAUCUUCAAUUCUAGCAACAUCGUCACCGAAUAGUCCUAUUAUGGAAGAAAGUGUGAAGGACGAUAUCAUCACCACUCCAAUUGUAUUGGAAGCACCAGCCCCAUUGAAGAAACCCUUUGAUGCCAAACAAAUCUUCAGAGAUAGAACUUCAUCCAAGUCUCCAACAAAACAUAAAAAGGAUAAUAAGCACGUGUUGACUCCUUCCAAUAGAAAUAUGACGACUGAGUUGAACAUCAAGAAAGAUAAAAAGCUCAAGAGGAAACACAGUGAUUUCAAAUUGAAUGCUAAUAAACUACAAAGAGCUGUUCUUUAA